AUGAGAAUUCAGUUUUUGGGGCUAGUUACAUUUUUUGUCUUGUUUUCUUUCUGUUAUAUAAGGUACUUUAUCUGCUCCCCUGCUGGGAUGUUUAGGUCAAUAAGAAUAUGGGGUGUUUACAAAAAAAUUUAUGUUAGAAGCAUACACAGAAAAAAAGAGCGUUUUAGGGCUCUCGGGAGAGGAGUUAGAGAAGGGUUAAGGUGAAUUUUUGAUUUCACAAUUACUCUGGUGUUAAUCGGUAUUUUACCCUGAGGUUUUCCUGGAUUGUCUUCAUGAGAGGUAGUGGCAGGUUUAAUGCCCAGGCUUUUUUAUUCCGUAAACAUCUUACAAACAGACGUUGAUAUCUUUAGAAAAUCUCUUAAGUUUAAGCAGUCUGUUAUAAAAUCGUUUGCUUAUUUUCCCCUGUUGGUUUUGAGGGUUGUUAUUCGUCCAGUAACCCUUACAGUUCGAAUGUUAGCAAAUGCAUUAGUGGGAGCUGUUGUCUGCCACUCUCUGGCUAAGAUGGUAGCUUAUGGUGUGGCUUAUUCAAAAUUUUUGUCUCCUAAGACAAUGCUGUGGUUUGGUGUUAUUUUAAUUUGGGAACUAGUGGUUAUAUUAGUUCAAAGGUCUUUAUUUUUAGGUCUAUCGAAAAUUUAUUUUCGCCCAACUCCUGUUAAAUUUAAGGUGGUAGUUAAAUAG